AUGAGGAGCGUGUUUUGGGCUGAUGGGAGAUCAAGAUCUUCUUACUUAAGUUUUGGAGAUGUAGUGGUGUUCGACGUCACAUAUAAAACCAAUCAUUUGAGCCUACCGUUUGCUCCAUUCACAGGUGUAAAUCAUCAUCGGCAAUCCAUUCUCUUUGGUUGUGCGUUACUUGCAGAUGAGCAAGAGGAUACCUUUAUUUGGUUGUUCACCCAAUGGCUAAAAUGCAUGCAUGGGGUUGCACCAAAAGCAAUUAUCACCGAUCAAGAUGCACAAAUAGGAGGAGCUAUCAAACAAUGGUACCGAGCUAGCACUAUUCACGCUUGUGAGGAACGAUGGAAGAUUUUGAAGGAGAAAUUUAAUAUAGAUGAGAAUAUAGAUAGUUGGCUGAUAAGGAUGUAUAGAUUGCGUGCACAUUGGGUGGAUGCAUAUUUGAAAGAUAUGUUUUGGGCAGGAAUGACAACUAGUCAGAGAAGUGAAAGUAUUAAUGCAUUUUCUGAUGGUUAUGUAAAUACAAAAACUAGGCUUGUCGACUUUGUAUGCCAAUACGACAAAGCCUUAGCAAAUCGCCGUGCAUCUGAAUCUCGAGAAGACUUUAUGACAUUGAAUAUUGUGCCUGCAAUGUUGCUUCGACAUCCAAUUGAAGUGCAAGUUAGCAAGUUAUAUACUAGGGGGAUCUUCAAAAUGUUCCAAGAUGAGCUUACUAAUGGGUUAUCACUUUUUCAUGAAGAAAUGCUAAAGGAGGAGACAAAAAUAAUUUAUCUAGUUGGUGAUUUUUCUGAAGAAAGAGAGAAAUGGGAAGAAGUUACAUAUGACAAAUCUAGAGAGCUUAAGUUCAAAUGCUCUUGUGCACUUUUUGAAACCGAUGGGAUCCUUUGUAGGCAUAUAUUGCAUAUCAUAUGGCUUCUUCAGUUGACAGCUAUUCCUGAUAAUUAUAUAUUGCAUAGAUGA